CAUUUAGGCAAACCACACGUUCUACUUUAUAAUCUUAGGUUUACUCUUCCCGACUUUAGCUAUGGCGGACGAUGAGAGCUCCUCACGACCGCCUCGGCUGGAGGAAGGUCCUUUCAAUCGAAUCCUGGGCGCCACGGAGCACAAUUGGUGCCGCGCGGUGGAGAGCGGCACUGGAAUCACAGUCCUCGGCCUCUUGUUCUGCCGAUCCGUGAAUGUGGGCGUCUUCCAAUGCGCGCUCGACGCCGUCCUGGCCAGGCAUCCGCGCCUCCUCUCGCAGCUGGUGUGGAUCGAGCCCGACAAGCCCGCCUUCCAGGUGAAUGCCAAUGCCACUGUAGCGAUCCAGGAGCUAGCGCAUGGCGACGACGAUCGCGAAGAUUGGCUGCUCCAGACGAUCGAAUCCGAGAUGAAUUCCAAUCCCUGGACGGAUCGCGACGCGCCAGUGCCGGUGUUCUUCGCUCGCCUCCACCGCCUGGGCGAGAAAUCUCUCUUUGUCAUCAGAGUCCACACCGCGGCGUGCGAUAGAGCCGCGGCCGCGGUGAUCAUGUCCGAAUUCCUCCAUCGCCUGAGGGGUGAUGACGAGCAAGAAGGAAAAGAUGGCGAUGGAGUGGAGGAGCUUGUCUCGAUCGAGGACGCGAUUCCCAGGGGCCAGGCGAACAAGCCCUUUUGGGCUCACGGCGUGGAUUUGCUGGGCUACUCGCUGGGAUCACUGCGCCAUGCACUGCUUCCUUUUGACAACGUUGAAGCGCCCAGGAGGACGGAGCUCGUCCGAGCUUCUCUCAGCUUGGAGCACACCAAGAGCCUCACAAAGCGCUGUGUUCUCGAGAAAACCAACCUGUUUGGAGCUCUCGUCGCUGCUGGGCUCAGGGCCACCACAAUCUACAAGCAGCUCGGCAAUAGAUCCGAGCACUUUGCGAUCAUCGGCCUCGUCGACUGCCGCAACCACAUUGACUCGCUCUCACGAUCCACUGCUGGAUUCUACCAUUCGGCCAUCUUGAACACGCAUCACGUGAACCAAGACACGGGCUUCUGGGACCUGUCUAGGCGAUGCUCCGACUCUUUUUCCAACGCCAUAAAGAACCGCAAGCACUUCACCGACAUGGGAGAUAUCAACUAUCUCAUGUUCCAGGCCUUGCAGCACCCGAACCUCACGCCUUCCGGGACCUUGAGGACGUCUCUCAUGGUUGUCUUCCAGGAUGUCAUAGCUGACGAGUCGGAGGAGGAGACGAAACACACGCUUGGUCUGGAGGACUACGUCGGCUGUGCUUCCGUGCACGGAGUUGGACCCUCGCUUGCACUGUUUGAUUCCAUCCGGGACGGCUGCCUUCACUGCAAUGUUGUUUAUCCUGCUCCGCUGCACUCGCGCGAGCAAAUACGCAAGGUCGUGGAUGACAUGAUGGAAAUUCUGAAGUCACAGCACGAAAGCUAAGUUAGGUGGCAAAAGAGUUUCAGACAGGAAACACCACUGAGUGCUUACCAAUUCAUCGAAGUUGUCAUACGUGACUUGUACUCUGCCUUGCCCAAGAUUCCACGCCAUACUUAAAGUGGAAGAGAAAGAGGAACACGUCAGGAAUGAAAACAAAACAUUGAAAAGCCUUACAUUGGAAUAGAGAACUUGGUCUA